GUUAUUUUAAAGAAUAAUUUUUUUUAUUUAAUUAUAGCACUGAACAUCUUUUUUAAUAAAUGAGAGAGAAGAAUGAAGAGGAUUCAAGGAAUUCUUGGUGUACAAGACCCUCAUGCAGUGGACAGUACCAGAAGGGAAGAAGAAGAAAAUCUUGGUUACACAAGCAAAAUGUCUUCAAUGCAAGAAAAAAGACCAGCUUCUCCAGGGUAUGUUCAACCAUCGACCAAACAUCGGAAACUUGAUAAGAAAUUUGUUUUUCCUCGAAAAAUUGAUCAUGAUGAUAGUUAUUACCGUGAUGGUAAAUCAAGAAACAAUAAUUUAAGUAGUAAUAAUGCUCUCUUCAAACAGAACAGAGAAGAGAAACAAACAGUUAAUAGUAAGAAAAGUUUGAACUAUUUUAAUAGUCACGAAGCUAGCAUGGGAAAUGCAAGAUUAAGCAAAUCAAAUACUGAUACUGGAAAAUACCAAAUAGACUGCAAUUUAGGAAAUAUUAAAUUGAAAGAGCUUAGAGUUAUAUUGGAGGAUAUAAAACAUGAUACCAAAAAUGGACUGAAAACAUUAAUAUUAGAUACUAAUCUUUGGGAAGUAGAAAAGAUUCUCGCGAAGAAGGAGUUAAAAGGUAUACCAACUUAUCUAAUCAAAUGGAAAAAUUGGGAUUCGGAAUAUAAUACAUGGGAACCUGAGUCAAAUUUAGUAAAUUGCUCUGAUAUUCUAGAAGAAUUUGAAAGAAAUAGAGAAUUUGAAAGAAAUAGAUUACAAAUGUUUAACCGUUUCAAGAAGGAAACAAAUUUUUAUCCAAACGAUAAAGAUAUUGAAGAAUUCUUAAAUUACCUUAAGCAUACAGGAGAGACAUUAACAUCAAUUUCAGUAGAAUCAAAUGCAGUGUACACUAGCAUACACAAAUUUUUAAGACAAAAGUGUGUCAAAGAUAAUAAAUUUGAGAAAGUUGUAAAACAAAACAUUCUUCGUAUGUUAGUCGUUGAGUCAAGGAAGAAACAGUUAAAAUCUUUAGAAGACUGGGAAAAUGAGAUGAAUAGUAUUACUAAAGGUAAACCACUAAUACAAGUAGAGAAUAUGGUAGACUUGGAAGGAGCACCUCAAGACUUUUAUUAUAUAGAAGACUAUCUUCCUGGUAAUGGAGUUAUAAUACCUAAUGAUCCACCUAUUGGUUGUGAAUGUAAAACUUGUAAUUUCAAAACAAAGUGUUGUUUUGCUCAGGAUGGCAGAUUAUGCCCAUAUACCCUCACAUGUAAAAUUCGAGUUCCACCUGGAACACCAAUAUAUGAAUGUAACAAACGAUGUAUUUGCGAUAUCAACUGCAUUAAUCGAGUAGUGCAACGUGGCACUGAAAUGAAGCUUUGCAUUUUUAGAACUGCUAAUGGACGAGGUUGGGGUGUGAAGACUUUACAAGCUAUUAAGAAAGGGAGUUUCGUCACACAAUAUGUGGGUGAAGUGAUAACUAGUGAGGAGGCUGAAAAGCGUGGCAAAGAAUAUGAUGCUGCUGGUAGAACAUAUCUAUUUGAUCUUGAUUACAAUGAAUUUGAAGAACAAUGUCCAUACACUGUAGAUGCUGCUAUGUAUGGUAAUAUUUCGCAUUUCAUUAACCAUUCAUGUGAUCCAAAUCUAUCAGUCUAUGGUGUUUGGAUCAAUUGUCUUGACCCAAAUCUUCCUAAGCUCGCGUUAUUUGCAACAAAAGAUAUUAGACAGAAUGAGGAAAUUACUUUCGAUUAUACAUGUCAAUCAUCAAAGAAUAAGGAGUUAAAACUAUGCGCAGAGAUGCCAGAAUCUGAUUUGUCAAAGAAUAAAACCUUGUGCAAAUGUGGUGCUCAUAGUUGUAGACGAUACUUGUUUUAA